AUGGAGGAGGCCCUCCCAACCCCUCAACUGCCAAUCAAAACUUUCCGCGAUGCACUCCGAGGCUCAGCUAAAAAGCUCACCACUUAUUCCAAGAAGGAUGCAGCUGCCGAGAAGAACGCCAUGACGCCUCGAGCUACUCGACGUCGCAAUGCCCAGCCAGACGAAGAACAGCCCUUUGAUGUCGGCAACUUGCCUAGUUCUGCUCAGAAGUCUACCCGCUCCACGGCAUCCAAGAAGCAGCGCUCAAAGCCCGAUUUCUUCGAAAAGUCAACAUCGGUUCAAGAGACACCAGAGUAUCUCGAGGUGGAAAAAAGUGCGGCUCCUGAGAUCCAAGAGGACGACGAGGAUCAGGAGGCCGAAACUGAAGAGGUUCCAGUCAAGAAGCCAACAUCAAUUAAGACCGCAAAGCCUCAGAUGAAGCUCAAGAAACCCAAACAGACAGCCGCUUCUCGCGCUCCCGCAACCGCCACUCCCAAGCCUGCAAAGGCGAAAACGCCAAAGAAGGCUGCACAGCCCAAGGGGGCACCUCAGGGACCACCCGAGUUCAUCACCGGCCAAUUCUCCCAUGAAGAGAUGCGCAAGCUCAGAGAAGUUGUCGAGAAAUAUCGAGAAGAGAACGACCUGUCACAAGAGGAGAUGAACAAUCUCAUCCAGAUGAAGCAGCGUAGUAAGCUAUCCAAAACGGCUAUCCCAUAUGACAGCGAUAAAUUUCUCCACCUGUGGAAUUACAUUUGUGCCGCUCUUCCUGAUCGGCGCCGCCAGAAAACUAUCGAUGUUGCUCGCCAGAACUUCCACAACUUCAAAGCCCGCGGCGGAGGAUGGACUGCCAAGGAGGAUGUUAAGCUAGCGAUGCUGUACGCCAAACAUGGCAAUUGCUGGAUCAAGAUUGCGGAAGAGUUGGGUCGCCAUGAGAAGGAUGUUCGCGACCGUUACCGGAACUAUGUCAUCUGUGGCCGCACGGAAGGCCGCAAUUAUUGGACCGAAGAGGAAGAAAAGGAAUUGGUCCAGCACGUCAUCACCUUGCUUAGACGGACGGACCGGUCACCUUCGAAGAUUCAACAGCCUUACGAACCCAUGAUCAACUGGCAGACGAUCAGUGAGCUUAUGGGCCGCAAGCGCACUCGCCUGCAGUGCAUGAGAAAGUUCAAGACCCUCAACGUGGAACUUACGCCCAGCGAAGUUCUGAGGUCUUCGCGUCCCGCUUCCAAGGUCACCUGGACUUUGGAAAAGGCCCGCAAGCAGAUCCAAGAAAUGCCGCCCGAAGAUAAACACAAAAUGGUUCGGGCUAUUCUGGCAGGAGGCGCCGGUCGCGAUCGAUUGAUUCAGUGGACGAAGCUUGCCGACUUGGAAUUCCGCAGGAAGUGGCCUAAGAAGACUCUCCAUUUGUUAUGGUAUCGUCUAAGGCAGCGUGUCCCAGAUCAAAAGGAAAAGUCAGUUAGAGACUGCGCUCGUUGGUUGCUGGAGGAUGCCAAGGCCAGCGCCCCCCGGGGUGCCAAAAUUCUCGGCGGAGGGGAUACCGACUAUGAUACCGAGACCGAGAUGGCUGUUGUUGAUCCUCCCAAGAAAACCAGUCGUCGAAAGAGCCUGAAAAAUGAGCCACGCAGCGCUGAACUUGUGGUUGAUAGCGACGACGCUUCCAACGACGAGAACAACAACGAAGGUGAUGACGACGCCAUCUCUGAAGCCGACGAGGAAGACGAGACCCGGCUGACAGAAGGUGAUUCUCCGUCUACACGGCAGUCAUCAGCCCAAUCGAAUCGACUCUUGACGGAUUCUACAUCGAAUGCUCUCUCUGCGUCUCCAUCUCUCCAACCUGCCGGCCUUUCCAGACUUCUCCCCGUCGAGGCGGAAGACGCCAGACCCAGCCCGGCUAAGAAACGCGUCAGGCUUUCUGGCGGCACUUCCUCUAGACAACGUUCUAUGGAGAAUGAUGGUAGUUCACCAGAGCCAGUUGCCGCACAAUAUGCGGCCGAGAAGAUCCCCGACCGCCUCAAAGAGAAGAGAGAAAAGGCCAAGAGGCGUAUCUCUUCCGGGAUCAGACUUCGAACAGCGGCAUCACUGCAACCGGAGUCGGUGCAGAACAGCGAUGUCGAUGAAGAUAUGCCACCGAUUCGCGUCCCGCCUUCCACAGCACCCGCAUCUGUUAAGAGCAGAAAAGCGGACAGGCGGGUGGGCGAUUGGGCCAGGAAGACUGGAGGCCCCGAGCCGCCAGGCUUGCCGGCACCAGUCAGCGACGAAAACGACGAAGACAUGUCACCGGCUCCCGCCCCGCCCUCGACAGCUCCCACGGGGUCUAAGGGUCGGAAGAAAGCAAACAGACUAAGAGACUGA